GUCUCAUUCAUUUGGAAUUAGCUCAGACUUUUUCUUGAUCAUUUCAACUGCAUAUCCUCUCUCUCUGUGUUCGUUCAGUUAUUUUGUGUCAGGUUGUGAGAUUCAAUUGUCCAUCCGGUGCGUGAGGUCAUCAGCGUGGUAAGUUCUGCGAGUUCCGCUUCGUCGCGGUGCUGGCGAUGACUAGGAGAAGGGGAGGUGGAAUGCGGGCCGUCGAGGCCUUCACGCUGUCCCUAGCUGUCGCAUUCAAUUUCUUUGAGCCUGCUAAGGCUGAGCUCAAGAACUGCACUUGCUCUGCGGUGUACUCGUUCGGGGACUCGCUGACGGACAAUGGCAAUGGUAUCGCUACCUUUCCGGACCAGUUCAUCGACUCUGAGACAAAUCCUAAUGGCUUUAAUUUCCCGCAUCAUGCUGCUGAUCGGUACUGUGAUGGUCGGCUUCUGGUGGAUUACAUUGCGUUUGGCAUGGGAAGGAAGCCGAAUUAUGCGAUCCUCAGAAGCAUCGCUGCGGACUUCACAUACGGCGCCAACUUUGCCGUUGCUGGAGCGACAGCACGCAACAAUACCGAGUGGGUCCAGGAAACUGGGUUCAGCAGUCCGUUCUCCUUGAAUGUCCAGGUAUCUUGGCUGGAGCGCUACAAAGUUCGAUUGCAGUUUUAUUACGCACAAGUUGAAUUGAACAGCACUACACGCGGCGUCGUGUAUCAGUCUCUGCCAGCCUCGGACUCCCUCAACACUUCGUUGUACUUCGUCUAUGCUGGUUUUCAGGAUUAUUUUUUCCCCAUGUAUUACCAAACUAUGACCCCGACGGAAGCUCUUGACAUUGUGGAUGCGGUGGUGGACUCCAUCGUCGCGGCUAUACAGCGAAUCUACGCAUUUGGUGCGAGGAGCAUAAUGAUUGUGAACCUACCGCCCAUGGGGUGCUUGCCGGCUCUGCUGACACUUUAUGCCGACGAGGAUUCUGAGAAAUACGACACAUAUGGGUGUUUGGAUAGUCCCAACAAGGUCAGCAACUCCCACAACACGCUGCUCGAAAGCCGCGUUGCCGACCUGCGCCACAAUUACACAAAUGCUACGUUCUACUACGCCGACUAUUACAGCGUGUACAGAGACGUACUGAAAUCCCCUACACUCUACGGAAUAUCCGAGUCAGACACGUUGACAGCAUGCUGCGGUUAUGGUGGCUCAUACAACUUCAACGCAAGCUUGUUCUGUACACACUCGGGGAUAAUGAACGGUGGCAUGGUCAAUUUGUCCUAUCCUUGUUCGAACUCUACAUCGUAUAUAAAUUGGGACGGAAUCCAUCCUACAGCGCAGAUGAACUGGAUAACGGCAACGUUGUUUUUGAAUGGAACGCAUAUCACACCUGCCGGGGGUUUUAAUUGCAGUGCCGACACCAGCAACUGGUACAACUGAUGUUCCACUUCAGACGAGCUGGAAGCUGAAUACGCUGCUGGAACAGCAGGAAUACGCUUCUACGGCAGUUCCAUUUUUGUGUCUUCUAUCCCUCGCUCCAUCAUCCUGUAGCUUACACUUGUCCCACCGAAUCAACCCUCUCCUUGACAGUUGUCCGAUCGAUUGUCGUGGUGGUUGUGGGGUGGGCAUUCUCUACUCUGCGUAGCUCUCGGCUUCAUGAUGUAGGUUAGACCGAUAGAUUUGAUAAAGGGCAUUGAAAAGAUUAACUUCUUGUUUAUCGGUAGUCUCGCCACCUCAUUCUGGACUCCGAAAUCUAGCACAUGUGUUCUGGUAGGGACAAGGUUUCACCAAUUGGUAUUUGUACUUUUUAACAGCACCAGUACAAGCUGCCAUAAUACUGACUUGUACAAGGGGGAUAACACUGCCUGCUGAUCCCGAUUGACGUGGCUAGCACGCUCUGUGUACCACUUCAUUCACCCUUUAACUACAA